AUGGCGUACCAGGGCGAAUGCGUCCAAACUGUGGUUAAGCAGCUCAGCAAAUACAGACCCCAGAAGGACAGUCCCGAGCAGUUCCUGGACACCGUGUCCCUUGACCUGCAGGAGCUGAGCCCCAUCAAGCGGGCCUUCAUCCUGGAUGUCCUCUCUGGGUGCCUCGAGUACCAGAAGUUACUGAGAACCGUGGUGGACGCCUUCUACGCCCGGGACGGACGGUUCUGCCUGUGGGCUGACUACAGUCUCUUUGAGGUGAUCUGCUACCUGGCCACGUUCCACGUGCAGGAGCUCGGCUUCCGGCUCUUCCGUAAGAUCGUCUGUUCCCAGCCCCGGGACAAGAUGCACAAGUUCCUCAGGUUCUUCUUCAACCCCAUAAACCUGUGCUCCUGGAUCAAGGACGAGUGGAGCUUGGUGUAUGAGACCACCCACGUCAAGGAGAGCUGGAUCGACCCCCUGAUGAGGCUGCAACCAGAGAUUCAGGAGCUGCUCAGAGAGCUGGAAACGGCGUCAGCCAAUCAGGCCUCUGUUGUGAAAGCCAAGACCAAGGUCACAGAGCCCAAGGAGUUCAAGUUGACUGUUCCGAGGCCCCGUGCCAUCCCCAUGCCCAAGCGUGCACCCGUGCUGGCCAAGCCCAGACCAGUCCCACAGAGUACCUACCAGCUGCCCCCAGAGCGGCAGCAGCUGGAGCGUACCAAGAGAUAUAACCGCUGGCUGGCCGAGGAGCUGCUGCUGAAUGCGAACUUGGAGGAGCUGCGCUGUGCCAUGCCCAGAGCCCGCAGGGAGACCCCAGCAGAGGAUUCCAGGAAGCUGCGGAGACAAGCCACACCCCGGAUCCAGAAGGUUUCCAAACUGACCUUCUACAAGCCCAAUAGCCACAUGCCGGUCAAGCUGAACGCUGCUGCCAUCCUGCGGGAAGGGGCCUUGUACCAGCGGCAGGUGGAGAGAGAGCUGCAGAGGGUUGACAGUCUUGUGGAUGGCGCUGGGGACUUCUCCGAGUUCCUGGGGUGGCAGAAGAAGAUGCAGGCGAAGGACCGGGAGGAGCAGCUGGCCGCUGAGGAGUGCCGGAGGCUGCAUGGGAAGCUGAGUCACGAGGAGGCCAUCCUGGCCCGGCAGAACGUCCUGCAGGAGAACAAACACAAAGCAGAGCAGAAGAAGGAGGAGAUGGUGGGGCUGAUGCAGCAGUGUGCGGAGAGGCGCCUCCAGGAGGAAAGGGCCUUGAAGGAGCAGGUGGAGCGGGUGCUGGAGGCGGAGAAGAACGCCAAGGCGGCGCAGACCAAACUGUGGAAGAGCCGGCGGCAGGCAGCCCAGGAGGUGCUGGCGGAGAGCCGGGAGCUGCUGCAGCGCAGCGCACAGGAGGCCAGCGAACAGCAGAGGCAGCGGUGCGAGCUCAUCUGCCAGCUGCGCGCCCUGGAGAGGCAGCCCACUCGCAAGGAGAAGCUGGUGGACCUGACCCAGAUCCCGGGGCACAGGCUGGAGGGCGAGAUGUCCAUUGUGGAGCUUCGGGAGCGGCUGGCCCUGCUCAAGGAGGCUCAGCAGCGCGCCCAGGAGGAGAAGCGCGACCAGAUCAUCCAGGGCAAGCGUGCCCGGAGCCAGGAGCUGCAGGACACCACGGAGCGCAUCGCACUGUGCCGCGCCGCCAUGGGCCGGGCCGCCGCCCUGAGGUUGGAGGAGAAGAAGAGACCGACGACGGCCCCAGGCUCCCAGGACGAGCGCGUGCUGGAGCUGCGGCGCCGCAUCGCCGAGAGGACCGCCGAGCGCCGGAGGCAGGUGGCUGCGUUGCGCGCCCUGGCGCCUCGGGCCGCGCGCCCCAGACUGCGGGAGAAGCUGGAAGCGCAGCAGUGGAGGGAGCUGGCGAUGAGCCGCCAGCAGAGGCUGCGGGCCUUGCAGCAAGAGCAGCGCCUGGAGACCAUCUGA